AGCUUGCAUACAUUUUUUCGCCGUGUCUCUUUUCGCAAAAAAGUAAAUUGUGAAAAAUAUAAAAAUAUUAUUGUAAAUUUAUUAAUUGUAUAAAUGAAAAGCCGUUACUCGAUAUUGCAAACAAUUUAUUAACGAAAAUGGCACCUUUUAAGCGCCAACGCCAACCCAAAAUGACUACACAAGCGUUGCUGGCAUUCGAUUUGGGCGAAAGUUCGUCAGACAGCGACUUUAGAAUCGAAGACGAGGAAGACGACGAUGGCGAUGGUGGGGACGAUGAUAACUCUAGUUCCGCCUCUGACGAGGACGACAACGAUGAUGAUGAUGAGGAGGACAAAUGCGAUUCAGAUGAUUCUACGCUACAAUUGAAACAGUUACUGGCAGAGGCUACCGAGGAUGUAAAAGAAGAUGAAAAGAAAACAACAAUAAAUAAGAGUGAGGACUUAGUGGUUAAUGGUGGUGACAACUUAGAAGAUAUUUUGAGAAGAAUGGAUGCAAAACCGGUUACAGUAUCGAAGAUUCCAUUAAAAGCGAUUUGUUGCGUCUGCUUGGGAGAUCGUAGUGAUGACUCCAAUGAAAUUGUAGAGUGUGAUGGUUGUGGUGUUUCGGUCCAUGAGGGAUGCUAUGGCGUUAGUGAUAAUAAUAGUAUAUCCAGUACAAACUCUACAUGCUCUACGGAGCCGUGGUUUUGUGAGGCUUGCAGGGCUGGCGUGUCGGAGCCCACAUGUGAAUUGUGUCCCAACAAAGGUGGGAUAUACAAAGAAACAGAUGUUGGGAAAUGGGUGCACCUGGUAUGCGCUCUGUAUGUGCCAGGUGUGGCUUUUGGUGAAGUAGACCAGUUAUCCUGUGUAACUCUCUUCGAAAUGCAAUACAGCAAAUGGGGGGCAAAGCCUUGCUCACUUUGCGAAGACUCGAGGUUUUCUCGCACCGGUGUUUGCAUAGGUUGUGAUGCCGGCAUGUGCAAAACAUACUUUCAUGUGACAUGUGCUCAAGCUGCUGGGUUUUUAACCGAAGCUCACCACGAGGAUACCGAUGCUGCAGAUCCUUUCUAUGCCCACUGCAAGGUACAUUCAGAGAAGGAACUAAUACGAAAACGAAAGAGAAACUACCACACAUUCCGAGCUAACAUGGAGGAGAAGCAAAAGGAGAAAUCCUUGCAUAACCUCGACGAUCCAUGCCCUGCACAAAUGCGUAUAAAUCGCAAACUUCAAAAGUAUCAAGUAAAAUAUGCUAACCACAAACAAGCGAGGGUGGAGCCAUGGGUUCCUACACAAAAAAUGUCUCGUCUCAUAACUACCUCAGCAUCGGCGUACAAUCGGCUUUUAGCCAAAGCCAAUGUCAUGGAAGUUGAUGUGGAUUUGAUGGAGCGACAAGAUACGCAAAUACAAUCUCUGAUUGAUAUACGCAAGAAGUGGCAUAUAGCACCUGCAUUUAGCGUUGAAUUUGUAGCUUACUAUAUUGAUCGUAUUGCGAGAACAAAAGAACUGAAAGAGCAACUGACAGAAAUGGUGACUAAGAACUCCAGCCUAACAAAAGAUCAAAGUGAAUUUCGAUCCGAAUAUGAUAGCUUGUUAGACAAGAACAAAGAUCUCAAAGAUAAACACGAGUCCUUAAUAAAUUCCAUAUCACAAAUCCAUACACACAUUAGUUCAUUGUGUCCGAACAAGAAUUUGCCUAAUCCCUUGAACAUAGGGCGUCCGACAAGCGAAGAACCAUUGAAGACCUGUACACCCACAUAUAGACCCAUAAGUGUUCCCACAGCGGCGGCUCUCAAAAUGGGCGUAGGCUUUCCAUUGGCUCACUUGGGACAUCAUCCGAACACAAAAGGGGACAGCAACCGACUGCUGAGUACACAGGCUAAGGAUUCUCCGCUUUGUAAUUCGUCGCCCAUAGCAGGCUAUCCAUCGGCAUUCAUACACCAUGGUCAAACACACAAAUCGCCCAAAAUACACCUGCUUUCUACUGCUCCGCCAAUGGAAACACACAAUUGCGGCAUAUGUAAACAGUCUACGGAUCAACAUUUGUUGGCAAAAUGUGAUACGUGUAAAUUGUUCUACCAUCUUGGCUGCCUGAACCCUCCGCUAACCAGGCAUCCCAAAAAGUCGAAACUAUAUGGUUGGCAGUGUUCGGAGUGUGACAAAUCGGAUCAGUCGGAUGUGUUGCCCGAAAUGCCCAAAGGUCCGCGCAAAUCUCGAACACGAUUCAACAAAGAUGGAAUUAUUGUGCCCGUGAAGAGUGUAACACCCAACCAGGAGGAUACAUUGCAGCAGCAUCUGAACAGCACCAAAACAGAUAACCAGGGGCCUGGCCCAGCAAAAAGACGUUCCUUAGAUAAUCAGAUAACUGCAAAUUUUUUGGCUUCACCUUCAUCGUCGACAUCGUUUAAAAAGCUACUGAACAAAUCUCUACCGAAUGUUAUUGAAACGCCCAAGCCAACAGAUUCUAGCGAACAAAAGUGUCAUGUUUAUAGCAACAACAACAACAACAACAAUGAUAGUUCUGAUUCAAUUACACCGAAAUUAAGUAAAAAAUCUAAGUUAAGUUUAAAUUAUUCAAAAUCAAUGUCGUCACAACAAAUAGCACAGCCUCAACCAGAAAUUGUAAAUAACGAAAAAUCUUCUUUCAAAACGUCAUCAAAAUCGUCAACGAAAGCGUACAUUGAAAAUACUCACCCAUCACCUGUGCUGCCAUCAUUGCCUAUUGAUGAACCAUUAGUACUUGUAAUGACCCCCAAAUCAUCUACACCACUACCUGUUGUAGCAGAUGCGGAUCCAUUGGCGUUGCCGCCCUCUGCUGCAACAACGACCAUCAACCCCACAAUAGCAAACAAUAUCACUCCAUUAGAAGGUGCUUUCUCUGUAACAGAUGUAAAUUCUAAACAAUCCCGCAAGCAAAAACGAAAAGACAAACACAAAAAUAAACAUAAUCUCUCCUCGGACACGGAAAGGUCAUUGAGCAAAGAGCACAAACGUAAACGCAAAAAGAAGCAGCACGAUAUGGAGGCACCUAGUGACACCAUGGCCGGCAUACCUAAGAUCAAAAUAAAGUUCAAAACUUUACCAUUACCCGGAGAGGUUACUCCGGAAGCUCAAUUUUUUUACGUUUCUGCUGAUAUGGUGCGUUCUGCGGACGAAGCGUCUCGGCCUGGUUCUGUGGAGACAAUUGAAGACUUUUCAACAUCUGGUGUUCCCGAGGAUCCCAUUCCAACAACUCCGAAACCCAAUGUAACUCCUCCCCGUCCCAUUUCCGCAAACGCCUUGGCGGCAAAGACUAUCUCGAAUUCCCCAAGCAUUGCGCCUAGUGUUACGCCUGCAAAGACAUUUACAUCACCCCGUAAAAGUAGUCCUAGAAAACCAGUGCCGUCAAGACUUUCUGCAGGUUACAGCUCCAGCACUAGUACGAGCUCAGGGCGCACCAAAGUCCCAGCCCAACAAAGUGCUAAUCAAGUACUCGCAUGCUGUGUAUGUCACACAAACGGCACUACGACUAAUAUGGUUACAUGUGAUGAAUGUCGGAAGCAUUAUCACUUUACUUGCUUGGAUCCGCCUCUAAAGAAGUCUCCAAAAAUACGCGGCUAUUCCUGGCACUGUGCGGAUUGUGACCCAACAGAUGAGGAGAAACAUUAGUAAUAGAUAUUCUUAUUACAGUAUUUCGAUUCGUUUUAUUUUUAAAUUUCUCAAAUUUCCUCUUUAUCAUUGGAUGACAUAGAUUCAUAUUACGAUCGCUUUUUCUGAAUCUUUAGAUGGUUAUAUUAUUAUAUUACUGUAUUAAGGCAUGACCGCCGAUUUGAGAUCGGGUUUAAUUUUAUUUAUAACUAUUAAGUUCUUUCAGAAAACAAAACAAAAAAAAACAAUAAAUUUUACAUUUUAACAAUAAUAAUCAAAUUAAAUUGCUAAAAUUUAUGUUUGUAUGUACUCCAGGGUUUUGUA